AUGAGAGCGGGAAAACAUCGCGCGGCUGGGAGUAACAUCCAGAAGCCAAAGCCAGAAUCUGCGGCAUCAAGACAUUCGUCCUUGAAGGACACUCCACGGCAGAACUUUUCAGAGGUCAAGCCUGAACCGUAUGACGCUACUGUAGCAUCGAUGAUUGAGCAAAUGCCUGCCAAUGGCGAUUGGUCUUCAAUUCUGGCCGAUGACUGCAACCCCUACUUGAUGCCAACUGGAAUGGAUCUCGAGACCGAUAAAUUCAAACAUCAACAAUUCUCAGCACACUACAGCGACGACUUUGCAGUGCGAUCACCCUCCGAUCUGUCACUAGACCCUUCCCAUCUUAUGAACCAAAGCUUCUUCCGAGGCAGCCCACAGACCUUCCCUGAUUACUUUGAGAACCGAACCUUAACCAACUCCACCCUAACCUCCACAAACCAGUCUCAACCCACCUCACGGAGAGGUAGUCCCGUAGCCUCCUGCUCCUGCAACCAAAAGAUUCUCCAACACCUCCUCAAACUCUCCUCCAUUCCUGAAAUCUCAUCCGCCUACGACGAAGCACUCAAUCAAAACAAACAAAUCAUAAACUUAUGCCAUAACAUCCUCGAAGACCAAACACAUCACCACCACGACAUUUCAUUCGUCCUAACCCUGACCGCACUAAUCGCAAAAGUAAUCUCCGUCUACGACGCCAUCUACAACCCCUUCAACCAACCCAACCCCAGCCCAAACCCCAACGACCUCGCAGCCCUAACAACAGACCACCUAACCACCUUUCACAACCUCGACAUGGCCUCCGAGCAAAUCGACCCAAUCUCCAUGUCCGCGCCCUCCAGCACUUUCCCCACUCGACCCAACACGCCCCCUUUCAGCAGCAGUCUCAACUCCCCACACACCCACGCCUUCCCGAUGCGCCUGACACUCGGCACAUACCGCCUCGAUCAAAAAGACGAGGAGAAGCUCAAAUGGGAUAUUUUCAAGAUCGAGCUGUCGAAGGUCGGGCAGCUGUUGAGGGCCUUCGAGCAGAAGUAUUGCGAUGGGGGGGUCAUGGCGGUGCGGGAGCCGCAGAAAAUGUUCGAGGCAAAGGCGUAUGACGAUAUGGUGUUUUAUCUGCAGAAGCGGUUGAGGGUUAGUAUGGAGAUGCCAAGGGGGGCUAUGAGCGCGUUUGUUUGA